UGUAUCAGUUUUUUCACAACACUUUUCAUUAUCUUCUGGUUUUUGUUUUUUUGUUCGAGACUUUCAAACACUUCCGUUCCACACUUCAUGGGGGUGCAACAGAGAACCUCCCAAUCUCUGGCGACUCCGCCGCCGCAAAUGGACCCCAAAAUCUGGUCUCACCUGCCGGACCACCUCCUCGAUCACGUCCUCUCAUUCCUUCCAUUGAAAACCUUCUUCAAUCUCCGAUCAACCUGUAAACACUUCAAAUCUCUCAUCUUCUCUCCUUCUUUCAUCUCCAAACACUCUUCAUCUUCACCACUCUCUUCUUAUAUCCUCUUCUCACACCCACAGUUCCAUCACCUCUACCCUCUCUUCGACACCACUCUCAACACCUGGCGCAAGACAUCACUUUCUCUCUCCUCCCCCAUGCUAACCUGCUCCCCCUCCUCCAAAGCAGUGCUCCUCUCUGUCUCCCAUGGCUUCCUAUGUUUCUCUCUCCCAAACUCCUCCACUUUCCUUGUCUACAAUAUCUUGUCAAGAUCUUCGAAAACUCUCCACUUCCCAACAUUCCCAUUCGCCUUCGAGCUUCUCACUUUAGUUUCUUCGCCAAAUGGGUCGUUCAAACUCUUCAUGAUCUGCUCUUGUUCUUCCGGACCAUCGAGCAAUACUUUUGUCUACGACUCUGUGAUUAAUCUCUGGAGCCAAUUCGACAGUGUCGACUCUGUUAUCGGCGACAAUCAUCAAGAAGCCGUGUCAUGUGAUGGGAUAUUAUAUUUCACCACCCCAGAGCCAUUUUCCAUUCUCUGCUUCGAUUUGGAAAACGGGAAGUGGGAGAGACCGGCGAUUGAAAUGCCGGGUGAACUGACUUUUGCUCGGUUGGUGAGCGAUGGGGUUGAGAAGAUGUUCUUGGUUGGGGGAAUUGGGGAAGAUGGGAUUUCGAGAGGAAUGAAAGUGUGGGAGUUGAGUGGAGAUGGAGGGAAUUGGGUGGAGAUUGGGAGUGUCCCGGGAAUGAUUUGCAGGAAAUUCAUGUCAGUUUGUUACCAUAAUUACGAGCAAGUGUAUUGUUUUUGGCAUCAGGGUUUGAUCUGUGUGUGCUGCUACAAUUGGCCCGAGAUUUUGUAUUACAAGGUUUCAAGGAGGACUUGGCAUUGGCUUCCUAAAUGUCCUUCUGUGACUGAUAAAUGGAGAUGUGGUUUCAGGUGGUUCUCUCUUGUUCCUGAGCUCUAUCCUUCUGUUUGACAAGCAACUAUUGGUAUAAUAGCGGUAUCACCAUCCCAUAAGAAAUCUUGCCUUCCGAUCUGAAAUUAUAUUAUUGAAUUAUGUAAGAGACUAAAGAUAUCGGCCUAAUUUCAUUUGUGGUUUUUCUUGAAACAAUUUUUUUUUUUUUUGGGCAAAUUGUCGCUUGAGAAAGAGGGACCGGAUGUCGAUACUAUGUAAUGACGUGUACGAGUUCUAUUCAACUAAGUUCGUCUUAGUUGAUUUUCUUAAAUCGAUAUUGCUAUUACUUAUCAGUUCUACUGU